CUUUUCCUCAAGUCAACACCAAAUUUUCAUCUUCGAAUUUGAAAUGGCUUGCACCAAGCUGAUAGCUAGAAAAUCAACGGCGCCCAACAUCAGCAGAAGAUGCGCCAACAUACCAAAAUUUAUCCCUGCUCGUUUUCUAUUCCUUUCCGGAGCAUGUCUCCAAAAUAACCGAACAGCUUCUCUUGUUGCUCACAGAUUGGAUUCGAAUUAUAAUUCCGCCAGCAUGUUGUGGCUUCUGCCCCAAUUUCUCCUGUGGGGAAUGAUGAAAGGAAUACUGGAAGAAGGACUGGAAGAAUUUCUCCAUCCUGACCAUCUAGACGAUGACUUAGAGGCAAAAGCAGUGUGCGGAAUCGCGGAUGGUGUAGGGACUUCCUCAGUAUAAUACUCACACCGGCUUCUCCAAGCAGGUGGGUUGGCAAUGACGUUAGCAAAAGUCAUCUUGACUAUUACCAUCUCAUGCUGGCUAUUAUAAUCCUAUCCUCCACAUUUGUGUUCACCGUUGUUGCCAUUGCUUAUGAAUUACAGCAAAAAGAGGAUACGAAGAAGAGUGGAAAGAAGGGCUAAAGCUCUUCUACCAUUGUUGUAAUUUCUGUUUUGGGUAUUUUGUGCUUGAUUGUUUCUUUGGAUGGUUUCUUAGAUUCUUGUGCAUUUGUGUGUUAAGCUAUACUUUGUUUGAUUAUUUGUGUCGUAUAAUGCUAUAACUGGAUGUAAUAUGUCUACCUUUCCCAAUGUUGGAAAGAACGAACGGUUACUUGAGCACAAUAGAAACAAAAGCAAUACUAAAAUCUUUCUUAAUCU